AUGUUGAAAGCAACAGACUUUGAUCUGAAAACAAUUCACAAGGAACCUCUGUUGUUUGCUUCAGUUUCAUAUUGUGACACAUUAACUGAUAAAGAUAUAAAUCAGAUGUUAGAGGAUCUAAAAGGAAUUUCAAAUGUUGAAAGUGUUAAGGAAUAUAUAAAUAAAUAUAAAACAUAUCAAAGUCUUGAUUUAGAUUUGAAAAAUUAUGAUGAUAAAAAUACAAGAAAAUCACUAAUACCAGAUGUAAAAUUGUCAUAUAAGAAGAGAACGAUUGAAAUACUUGUAGUGGAGAAUGCCAAGUUUAAUUCUAUUAAUGGAAAAAGAAAAAAAACAACUGAUACUAAGAAAAUUUCUAUAUUAAUGCAUGACCAAAUCUCAAGGCUAUAUGAUUAUUUAGAUGAACAUGAUAAGGGUGAACAGGUGAAAGAGUUAGAAGUCUAUGGAGUUAUAACUUCAAGGCUUGAAACAGAAAUAUAUGUCAUGACAAUUCCAGCACCAGAAUUAUACCUGUUUUAUAAGAUUAUGAGUUUUAGGCUGCCAUCAGAUGUUGCUGAUUUUGACCAACUGAAAGAUGCUUUUAAAUACAUGAUUAAAUUUCUAACAAUUGUAGAUGAGAAUCAUAGAAGGUUGAAAAAUAUUAUUGAAGGAAGACCUGUGACUCCAACCAAUUCUAUUCAAUGGACAAUAAAAAUCAAGAAAUCUCCUAUAACUUUAAAAAAAGAAGAAAAAGAACUAAAAAAUAAAGCUACUAGAAUUGAAAAUUCGAGAGAAAAAAAUCCAUUCACUUAG